CACUACCGCAUUGAGGGGGAUGGAGGGAUAGCAGUUCCAUUCGGGCAGAUGGGACCUCAAGACCGUCAGUGACUCACCGACAGCAAGCGACAGAACGGGAUAAAAAAUAAUGGAGUGAUAAGGGGCAGUUACUUCGGACCUUGACUAAACACACAAGACAGGCACACGCAUAAGGGAGAGUGUCGACCUACAUACGAGAAAUAAGGAGAGGAUUAAUCCCACUCAUCCUGAAGGCCUUGGGAUCACAACUCACCCGGACAUCCGAAUAUGAACUGGACUUGGACUUUUUUAAGAUUGAACACAGGUUUAAUUUUAACAUGAGAUCCACCGCCCAUUGUCUCAGGAUGAGCCAAAAGCUGGAUCUCGAGGUGGAGAGCCCACAGCCUCUCAUCUACACCUUGGAGGAGCUUGAAUGCAAGAUCUGCUACAACCGUUACGACACCCGCACUCGAAAGCCCAAGGUGCUGAGUUGCACGCACCGCGUCUGUGCCAAAUGCCUAAAAAAAAUCGUAGAGACUGGCGAGUCCUCCCCGAGCAUCAUCAGCUGCCCGUUCUGCCGCCACGAGACCCAUGUCCCGGACGAGGAGAUCUGGCUCCUGAAGGACGACAGCAACAUCCUGGCCAUCCUCGCCUACCAGGACCAGGCCAGGAAAAGCGGCUCGGUAACUCCCGGGGAGGUGCUCCUCACCCCCAACAGUCUGAGCGGGGGCGGCUGCGGCGGCGGGGGGGACCAGUCGCACAGCUCGUCCGACUGCCUGGUCAUCACCAUCAUGGAGGUGCCGGGCGAGUCGCAGUCGUCGGACACCAUGAGUAUGCUCAACAUGGUGCGCCUGUACCGCCCGCCCAGCCUGGACUCCUUGCCUUGCCACCUGCCCAUCCAGAAGUGCCGCAUGUGGACGUCGCGCACCAUCCCCCGCUUCCUCAUCGGCUUCCUCUGCCUGAUCUACUUCAGCUCGCUGCCGCUGGGCAUCUACCUGCUGAUGAUCCAGCAGCUCACGCUCGGGGUGAUCCUGGUCAGCCUCGUGCCCUCCACGCUGGUCCUGUGUGUCUUCUACGGCUUCUGCCAGUGCCUGUGCCAUGAAAUCAUGGAGGCCAUCGCUACAUAACGUGAAGAGUCACUCGUCGGGGAGUCGGUGUCUGUCGGAGUGACUCAUAGCGAGACCUGUAAAGACUAAGCCAAAUCACUGAUGCAUAUCUGCCCCCGUACCCCUCUCCCCAAUGCCCCUCUCCUGUUAAUCCAGAGUAUACCAGCACUGAACAGAAAAUUCUUCAUAAUCCACUUUGUAUGCAGGGCUAUUCACAGUGGACUGUGACAGUUGGGAUAACCUGUGAAAGGACAACCAUGACUAAUGGUUUUAUAUAGAGCUCAACCUGUAUCAGACAGCUGUCAUUUUUGUGUUUGUAACAGCUCACCACAAUGGGCUAUAACUGUGAAUGCCCAGCUGUUGUUGAAGAGAACAUGGUCUUAUCACAUCCUAUACUGGCAGUUAAAUGUAGUAUAUUAAAUAUUUCCUUGGUAGAAUUACUGUCUACUUUUGGUCAAAUUACUUUAUGGAAAUACAUAGUAUAAGGAUGUGUUAAAGCAUAAUCACCUUGUAUGCAUUUGAAGUUUCUAGUUGCCUUUGUAAGGCAUGUCUAUGCCCAAGUACUUGUACUUUUAAUGUUGUGUUAAAAAUGUGUUCGUCAUUGCAAAUGGAAUGGACAAAUAAUACCUUCAAACCGCCUAAACUGUUACUAGAUAUUCAAUAAAGAAUCAAAACAGUGUGUUAAAUUUGCUGUUAUCCCUUUGGUGAACUUAGGCACGUAACACCAUUUCAAUGUUAGACAGAUCUAAUUUGAACAUAAUGCCUCUAAAACAUUCUGGAAAAUUAAACCCCUGUCUCAUAUGUUUAGUUUCAUAAACAUGAUUGAAGAUGACACGGAGAGCACCUGUGUUCAGGGUGGUAUCUGUUUUUAUGGAAAAUCCCAUCCAUGUGAUUCAUUAUUAAAUCAAAACAAGUGCCAUGUUGGGUAAUGAGAUCAGGGAGGAGGAAAGUGUCAAGGUUGUUCCACAGAUAUUGCAAGUCAGUUAACGGUCCUUGCGAAACUACGCACAGCUUAGAAAUUGAAGCAAAAAAACGUGAACCACCUUCAAAUAACAUCUGUCACUCAGUACUUUUCAGAAUAACUGCAAUACUAACUUUUCCGAACUGGCUUGCAUUGCUCCUGUCUCUUUAGAUGUUGCUUCUACAGUCUCUUUUGCUGCCCUCAGAUGUCUAUCUAUGCCCACAGAGGACUUUGGCUGAGCAGGUUAGUCGGUUGACUAUCAGCUUUUAGCCUUUUCACUGAGAGGACACUUUCUGCUGUUGCAGGUGUGUGACUGUGCCUUUAGUGUGUGACGGGGAGUGUUGCUGAUUAGCCCGUGUGGGCCAUUCACUACACUCCCCUCAAACGCCUGAAGCUCUCCUCCACCAGUGCUACUCCCAGUGAUUAGGUUGUCCAUCUCUGCUGGGCAGUGGGGGUAUUACGCCAGAGAGGGUAUGUCUACCGAGGGUCCGGCUGCAAUGUUGACAUGCCUUGGACUACAGAGAAUGCCACAUCCACCCCGAGGUCUGCUAUCCAUGGUGUCUGUCCAUCACAACAGCUGACAGCACAGUGAGACUAACAGUCUGCUUUCAACUGUGGCCUCACCUUCGAUAUCCACUUGGCUAAAGACAAUGGCGCAUACACACCAUGGUCUUCUAUGCAUGAUGCUUGUCCAUCACAACAGCUGACAAUGCAGUGUGGCUCUGCUUUUGACACUCCUCCGUCCUGCAGGGAAGUGAAUCUCUUCCACCAAAAGACUACACUGGAAGGUUCAAGAGGUGACAGAACAGGCUCGGCUCCAAUCAAAGAGGCCGUGAUAAAUGCUCUAGAGAAAUAACAUUCAUUCUGAAUGAUUCGUUCAUCUCACAUAAACUUGAUAUGUUGUGUAUUAUGGCGACUUGGCUGAAUGUUGUUUAAUCUUGUUCUCUUAACUCUUGCCACCACGUUGCACUUAGGCUACUUCAACUCCCCAAGGACAACUGGGUGAGGAGAAGGAGUGUAAACUAUUUUCACGAAAAGUUUGAAUUGUAUGUACUUGUCAUCAAUGUUCAAUUCCAGUUUUGAACUGAAUGUUUGUGUUUGAUCGAGCUCACCCAUUGUUGUUUGCUGUGAUCUGCCAACCACUAAAAUAUAACAUACUUCAUUACUGACUUUUCUGAUUUUUUAGAUGGAAUUAUGCCAAAAUAUGACAGGGUUUUAAUUGUAGGAGAGUUUAAUAUGCUUGCUGUC